AUGCUAUUUAAUCAUCAAAAUGACACGUACAGAUUACAUGAUAGGGGCACAGCGAUAAGCAUCGAUGUUCUAGAGGGUUCUUCAUGGGUUGAAAUUAUGUAUGAAUGUAUUCCGGCGCAUCAGGGAGAGAGGCUCUUCGUGGUGAGCACUAAAGACCUAGUGCUUAUAAUCAGUGCAAGGCUCACUGUUUCUCUGAUGAUACAGCCAAGAGUGUGCGUCACAGAGCUAAGGGAGAUCAUGAAGCCUCUGGGACUAUGCAAUUUAGUGGAUGUCGAAGGUGUUAGUCAAUAUCUCAUCUUUCUUUUCAGGAAAGACUGCAAUGAGCUGCGACUGGUACAAACAGCAUAUAGACUUAUAGAGGGUCAGGAUGUUGCGAUGCAAUUGGUGGAUGUCUGUUCUAUGCAGGAGCCGACUACUGACCCUGGUAAACAACAAAGACCUUUCUUCAUCAAGCUCCAAGUUCUGCCACCUACCCCGCCAAAUUUUAUAAGCAACAAAAGCCCGCCCCCUCCGCCUCCCCCAAGGGGCCAUUCUGGACGUUUUAAAUGCGUCGCUUCCAUUCACAAGGCAGACAUACAAGACCCUCCAACCUCUCUCAAGCAUGAUGCUGCAAUGGUUAUUUACUUCCUUACGGACCAUCCUAUCUGUGAUGGAGCAUCCGUACCGGCCUUUCAGGCCAACCUUCAUAAGAUCAAUCUAGGUCCAAGUGGAAUGGUGAUGAGUGCUCAAAGCACACACCUGCAUGGCCUACCCAUUCGCAACUCUGUCGCCAUCACAGAGAAUUCCAUAGUGCUUAUUGCCCAGGAAGCGAGCAACUGCCGCAAGUCUGAGUAUCUCCACUACUCACUGCAGCAUGACACGUUAACAGAGCAUCCUGCUCCGUUCUUCAACAGCGUCGACGUGCAAGGCUCUCUAUUGUUCUUAUCAGGAGUUUUCCUCUUGUGCCCCUGGUCUGAACCAGGUGGAACUACUGUAAUCGACUUCACUAAGGAACUACUGGGUCUACAGAUACGAGACUCGUCGAUAAAGUAUAUUUACCCCAAGGAUGAGACCGGGAGACACAGUCUAUUCGCGUUGCAAUCCACCAGCCAAGAAGAGAAAAAAGAAAGUUUCAAUACAACCGAAGAGGAACAUCCGGUGAAAUUAUCAAGCAACACCAAUGGUGAUGACAUUGCAGACCUACUCCUCAGUCCUUAUUAUUCGCCGACAACUGACGCAAAGAACCCGUCACUGCGGGCAUACCUAUUGAAUACAUAUGGCGCUAACAGCAUCCUGCCACCCUUUUCUUCAGAGCUCUCUUUUGCUCAUUCAGUCUCAGGAGCAAUCAAGGAGAAAGGGGAAGAGAGUGUUAUGAGAGCAUUAUUAGAUAUUCCACUGGAGACGCUCCUACGUCAACUAGUUGAGAAAUACACAUCCGAUUUAGAACAUCGCGAUAAUUCACUUGGUAUUGCAGAGGAUACUAACUACAAGGAGGUGCGUCUGGAGGAGGUACAGCUCGAGGUACAAGCCUUGGCUAAGCAUACAAGGGAUGUUAUGGCCCACAACCAAGCACGCAUCCAGAGUCUCCAGACAGGGGCCGACAACCCUUAUAUCGCCCUACACGACCUCAUGCUUUCGCUCUCAAACGAUACGUACGUUUGGAUGCAGAAGCAGAUGUUCUACUUUCUUCUGUACUUUCUACCCGCAACUCUACUUCCAGAAAAGGAGAUAGUCAUUUACAACUAUCGCAAGCACCGUCAAUUAGGAAGUAACAAGGACUCAGAUGAACUUAGUAUCCUCUCGAUGCAACUUGGGGCCUAUUUUAUCUUAAAUAAGUGGGGAAACGAAGUUCAAUGCGCGCUGGUCCAUAUUGCAAGCGUAAUCGCAAGCUCUAAGACUAAUGAGCUGGAAGAACGUGAUCCAAACUUCCUGUCUAGCCUACACUUCGUGCUGGCAAUGCUGAGCAAUUUUAAUAACAGUACAGAUUGCUGUGGAAGGACAAAGCUGACAGCUCCAUUAGAACGCGGCGAAAGUCCACCGUCUCUUGUUCAAUCAGUUUGUAGUGCUGCUAACAAUAAUCUGGAAGCAAUACCCUCAAGAUUCCCGAGCGACGCCUCGUAUAUGCAACUCUUUGUGUACGUGACACUGUUACUGGGUCUUUUCAAAAAAACCAUUGUCGCAGAAAGCCGUUGCUAUAGUGUCCAGGGAGACCAGAUCAGAACAGCAUCUCGACUCGAGCAGGGAGUGACAUACAAUCUGGUCUUUCCGGCAUACGCAUCUGCAGAUAGCAACAAACUCUUCACAGAGGCCGCCUGGAUCCCUUUUAUUACACAGACGGAGUUUUCCCUACCUUCUCUGCGGUGA